UCCCACCUCUCAGCCUCCCAAGACCAGUUUGCGCCAGCCCCAGCUGCCAGGGCACAGCUCUCCAAAAUCUUUUCAGGUCCGGGACAGCUGCUCUUCCUUCUGAGUGAGGUUCUUCUGAACCUCUUUUGCUGCCAUGAAGAUUGCAGUUAUUGGGCAGAGCCUCUUUGGCCAGGAAGUUUACUCCCAGCUGAGGAAGGAAGGUCAUGAGGUCGUAGGCGUGUUCACUGUCCCAGACAAGAAUGGGAAGGUGGACCCCCUGGGCCUGGCAGCCGAGAAGGAUGGAGUGCCAGUGUUUAAGUUCUCCCGCUGGAGGGCAGGAGGACAGGCUGUGCCUGACGUGGUGGCAAAAUACCAGGCUUUGGGUGCUGAGCUCAAUGUCCUGCCCUUCUGCAGCCAGUUCAUCCCCAUGGAAGUUAUCAAUGCCCCCCGCCAUGGCUCCAUUAUCUACCACCCGAGUCUGCUCCCCCGACAUCGAGGGGCCUCGGCGAUCAAUUGGACUCUCAUUCAUGGAGAUAAAAAAGGGGGCUUUACCAUCUUCUGGGCAGAUGAUGGCCUGGACACUGGGGACAUUCUGCUCCAGAAAGAGUGUGAGAUCCUCCCAGACGACACCGUGAGCACUUUGUAUAACCGCUUCCUCUUCCCUGAAGGCAUCAGAGGGAUGGUGCAGGCUGUGAGGCUGAUUGCUGAGGGCAAAGCCCCCAGACUCCCUCAGCCUGAGGAAGGAGCUACGUACGAGGGUAUUCAGAAAAAGGAAACAGCCAAGAUCAACUGGGAGCAGCCAGCAGAGGCCAUUCAUAAUUGGAUCCGUGGAAACGACAAGGUGCCAGGUGCCUGGACAGAGGCUUGUGGGCAGAAAGUGACGCUUUUCAACUCAACGCUGAACACUACAGGCCUGGUGCCAGAGGGAGAAGCUUUGCCCAUCCCAGAAGCCCACCGUCCAGGGGUGGUCACCAAAGAGGGAUUGGUCCUCUUUGGGAAUGAUAACAGAAUGCUGCUGGUGAAGAACAUCCAGCUGGAAGAUGGUAAGAUGAUCCCAGCCUCAAACUUCUUCAGGGGAGAAGACAACACUGCCCUUGAGCUGACAGAGGCAGAGCUGGUCACCAUGGAGGCUGUGCGGACUGUCUGGAAACGUAUUCUCCCCAACAUCCUGGAAGUAGAAGACUCUACUGAUUUUUUCAAGUCAGGGGCUGCAUCUGUGGAUGUUGUAAGACUGGUGGAAGAAGUGAAAGAGCUGUGUGAUGGUGUGGAAUUAGAAAAUGAAGACAUUUACAUGGCAACAACCUUCAAGGACUUCAUCCAAUUGUUAGUGAGAAAGCCGGGGGAUGACAAAGAGAGCGAGUGCAUCAUUGACUACGUGGAAAAAGCAGUGAACAAGCUGGUCCUCCAAAUGCCUCACCAACUUUUCAGGGGCAAGUUUGUGGAUGCUGAGGGUGCCAAGACCUAUGACACUAUCAACCCGACAGAUGGAAGUGUUAUCUGCCAGGUGUCCCUGGCCCAGGCCAGCGAUGUUGACAAGGCAGUGGCUGCUGCAAAAGAGGCCUUUGAGAACGGAUUGUGGGGGAAGAUCAGCGCGCGGGACCGGGGCCAGCUCCUGUACAGGUUGGCAGACCUCAUGGAAGAGCAUCAGGAAGAGCUGGCCACCAUUGAGGCUCUGGCGGGUGCUGUCUACACACUGGCCCUGAAGACCCAUGUGGGCAUGUAUCAGACCUUCCGCUACUUUGCUGGCUGGUGUGACAAGAUCCAGGGCUCCACCAUCCCCAUCAACCAGGCCAGACCCAACCGAAACCUGACCUUGACCAGGAAGGAGCCAAUUGGGGUCUGUGGCAUUAUUAUCCCCUGGAACUAUCCCCUGAUGAUGCUCUCCUGGAAGACAGCUGCCUGCCUGGCUGCUGGGAACACAGUGGUGAUCAAGCCUGCCCAGGUGACCCCACUCACAGCCUUGAAGUUUGCAGAGCUGACCUUGAAGGCGGGCAAUUCCCAAGGGUGUGGUCAACAUCCUCCCAGGAUCUG